AUGUCGACUUCCCAUAACAACAUGUCCCGCAAGACCACUGUCUUCCUCACCGGCGCCACAGGUUAUCUCGGAGGUGCAGCACUGCAGCUCAUCAUGCACGAUCCAGAACUAUCCAUCACUGCUCUCGUGCGCGAUAAGGAGAAGGCAGUCAAACUCGAGCAAUUCGGCCUGAAUGUCGUAUCGGGCUCUCUGGACGAUACAGAGCUUCUGGAGAAGGAGGGCGCCAAUGCAGCCGUCAUUUCUCAUGCUGCGUCGCUGAGCCAUAUGGCAGGGGUAACCGCGCUACUCAGAGGCGCAAAGGCGCGCUUCGAGCGCACCGGAGAGCAGCCCAUCUUCAUACACACUUCUGGGACAGGGGCGUUCGCUAAGCUAGAUGCGAUGGGCGACUAUACCUCUGAUAAAAUCCUGUCGGAUGCGGACCCAAACCUCGAUAACUUCAAGAACACGCUCGCACACAAUACGGUGAACGACGUUCUCGUCGCCGCCGAUGGUGAAGGCUACGUACGAUCAUAUAUUGUGAUGCCUUCGAUGGUCUACGGCGCCCUCAAGGGACCGCUCGUUGACGCCGGAAUCGCUCAUGCAUACAGUAUAGCGAUUCCCACGAUGAUCAAGCUGUGCAUACAACGCGGGCAAGGAGCAAUGGUCGGCAAGGGCCUGAACAGAUGGCCCAUAGUACACAUCGACGAUACGGCCGACUUCUACAAGCUGAUCCUGCAGCAUGCUCUUGCAGAUGAUGCGCCUCAUGGCGCCCAGGGGACCUACGUUACGGAGAACGGCGAGGUCACACUGGCAGAUAGUGCAAAGUGGUAUACAAAAGCCCUCCAUUCUCAUGGAAAGAGUGCCAAGGCGGAACCGGAAAGCUUCACCACGGCGGAGAUCGAGAAGAACCCAUUUCUUUCCUACAUGGGCACGGAUGAUCGUAUCAGAGGGGAUCGCGCACGCCAGCUAGGCUGGUACCCAGCGCACGGAGUCGAGGACUUCUUCGAAUGCGUGCAACAGGAAGUUGAGGACAUUCUCGCCGGAAGGGAUUGA